UUGUGAUGCUGACCACAGUUCGUAGUCAAUCGCGCUUUGGUUCAGUCUGUUUUUUAUUUUCGAACGUUUACUAUAAGGAUGUGUUUACUUUCAAUAGUAGGAUUCUGUUUCAUUCUGUAUUACGUGGUUCAAUUAUGUGUUUUCUAUUACUUGGACUCUGACCUAGAGUUAUAUUUACUAUCAAAGCUGGGCAAGCCUAUCAGCACUCUUCAAGGUAAGGUAGUCUGGAUUACCGGUGCAUCUAGCGGAAUCGGUCGGGAUCUUGCAAUUAUCUUGGCGACGCAUGGAGUCCGAUUGUGCAUAUCAUCCCGAAAGUUACCCGAACUUACAAAAGUGAAACAAGAAUGUUUGACUGCUUGUGGAGGAAAACUGCACGAUGACGAUAUCUUCGUGAUGCCAAUGGACAUGCUGGAAAUUGAAAGUCAUCAAAAGUAUUUCGACAAAGUGGUCGACCAUUUUAGCACAGUGGAUAUUCUAGUCAACAACGCGGGUCGCUCCCAAAGGGCCGAAUGGAACACUAUCCAGCUAAAGGUCGAUCGAGAACUGUUCGAACUGGAUGUGUUUGCCGUGAUCAAUCUGUCUCGUAUUGCUUUGAAUUACUUCAUCGAGAACUCCGUGAAAGGCCACAUCGCUGUUACUAGUAGUGUGACAGGACUCGUUGCUUUCCCUAAUUCCGCCACCUACACCGCAGCAAAACAUGCUCUGCACGGUUAUUUCGAAACGCUACAAAACGAGUUAUUCGGGAUUGAUGUCUCCAUCUUCUGUCCUGGUCCAACCGCUACCAACUUCCUGCAAGAGUGCUUCACCAAUACGCCAGGAGAGAAAUUCAAUAAACCAGUCGGUUCCGAUGACAAGCGACUCACCAGUGAACGGUGCGCCGAACUGUAUGCAAUUGCUUUGGCUAACAAGACUCCCUUCAGCUGGGCCGGAACACGACCGAUGAAUUUUAUCUUCUACAUUGGAUGUUAUUAUCCGAACCUCAGACGACUAUUGAUUAGGUUCCUCGGGAUUGAAAACAUCGAUAGAUUACGAAAUGGACGUCCACUCAAGGCCAAAUAGAGAAUAUCUAAAUGCAGAUAAUGAACAAUUCAAUCAAUAAUAAUUAAAAAGUUGUAUAAUACGUACAUUAUUAAAUUUUAUGCAAACUGCCAACAAGAAUUGAAUAAAUAACAGUUAUGGCGAUGAUCCACA